GUAGUCAUUAACAAGCAUAGACAGUGAAGCAACAACAUUGUGAUUUAAAAAAUUUUUCCUGCCUGGUGGCCUUACCUGUUUGUAAGGAUUGGACUUUUGAUUAUUAAGUUACACUAUUUUAUUGGCAAUACAUACAUCAUAUCUUUUGACUGUGAAGGAUAUCUCAUGUCAAAGCAAUCAAGUUACGAUAUUAUAGAGGCUUCAGUUGGAAUACCUUGAGGGUGCCGGCUGAGGGUGGUGAAAUACCUGCCAAGACAUGAAGGCUUUGGCCACUAGUUUCAUCCUUGGGAGCCUGGUGUUGGCUUUCUACCUACCUAUGGUGGUGACUACACCCCAAACACUGGCCAUCCCCAAGAAGCUGCAAGAAGCUGUGGGGAAAGUUGUUGUCAAUGCUACUACCUGUACUGUCACCUGUGGCCUCGGCUAUAAGGAGGAGACCGUCUGUGAAGUGGGCCCUGACGGAGUGAGAAGGAAGUGUAAGUCUCAGCGUUCGGAAUGUCUAACCAACUGGAUCUGUGGGAUGCUCCAUUUCACUGUUCUCACUGGGAAGGAAUUUGAGCUCAGCUGUCUGAGUUCUGACAUCCUGGAGGUUGGACAGGAAGCUUUCCGGUUCACCUGGAGACUUGCUCGGGGUAUCAUCUCAACUGAUGAUGAGGUCUUCAAACCUUUCCGAGUCAAUUCCCACUUUGUAAAGUUUAAAUCUGCUCAGGAGUAUGACUCUGGGACAUACCGGUGUGAUGUGCAGCUGCUAAAAAACUUGCGACUUGUCAAGAGGCUGUACUUUGGGCUGAGGGUCCUUCCCCUUAACUUGGUGAACUUGAAUUUUCAUCAGUCCCUGACUGAGGAUCAGAAGCUAGUAGAUGAGGGCUUGGAAGUUAAUCUGGACAACCAUUCCACUCCUCGUCACCCAGAGUGGAAAAAGAAGGUGGUGGCAGCCUUGGGAAUAGGAAUUGCGAGUGGCGCGGUUGCUGGUGUGUUGGUGAGCAUUGUCCUCUGCCGUGCGCUCAGGGGGACUUAACAGCAGUGACAGCCUCAGAGACUCAGCUGCCUUGCUCCCAAAGGACUGACUGCCCA